AUGGCCUCGCUGAAGAAAUACGACCCCGACGCCAUCCUGACAGACCCAGAUCUGGGAUGGUUUGCCUUCGUGGAAGUGGACCAGUGGCUAGACGAAAUUCCUGCAGAGGAAAGGACAGAAGAGGAGCUAGCUAAGGUCGACGAAGCGUUUAAUAUGGAUGAUGGAAAUGACAGCGACGCCGAGGAGGAUGACCCGUCGGAAUUGGGAGUCCUCCUCAUGAUAGCCAAGGGAUGCGAUGCUAGCAUAGGAGGCGCCUCUAUGGAAUGGAGCGAAGUACUCGCUGCCGCAUUAGCACUCGCUGUUCGAGUGGCAUUAAAGAAUACGUCUUCGACUGAGGAGAUUGAGGCAGACCCAAACGUUUAG